GUGAAAGCGCUAGUUACGUUAAUCAGAUCGACCAAUUAUUAUGAAAUGUAAAUGUAAAGUGUGCCUUUAAUUAAUCUAACCUAUAGAAUAGACAAAUUGCUCAAACCUAAACGUGAAAUGAGAUAUAAGUGUUGAAAAUGUUUAGAUUUUUAAGUGGAAGAAAACCUAGAAAUGCAUCAAAUAGUACAAAUGCAAAAUCGAAUAAAAGUGUGAUAAACAAAAAUUUGUUGCAAUGUAAAGUUAUUUUAUUAGAUGGUACCGACUUGUCAGUCGAAUUAACGAAAAAAGCAAAGGCUAGAGAUCUGUAUGAACAAGUUUUCUACUCAUUGGAUCUGAUAGAAAAAGACUACUUUGGACUACAAUUUACGGAUGCUAACCACGUUAAACAUUGGCUGGAUCCAACGAAAAGUAUUAAAAAACAAAUUAAAAUUGGUCCCCCAUACACUUUAAGACUCAAAGUUAAAUUUUACUCAUCCGAACCUAACAAUCUCCGUGAGGAAUUGACUAGAUACCAGUUUUUCCUGCAACUGAAGCAAGAUCUUCUAGAAGGAAAAUUGGAAUGUCCCGAAAAGACUGCUGUUAAAUUAGCUGCUCUAGCUUUACAGUCUGAACUUGGUGAUUAUGAUGAAACACAACAUACUCCUGCAACUGUUUCGGAGUUCAGGUUUGUUCCGAACCAGACGGAAGAAAUGGAAAUAGAAAUUCUGGAAGAAUUUAAAAAGUGUAAGGGCCUGACACCGGCUAAUGCUGAGCAAAGCUAUUUAAACGAAGUAAAAUGGUUAGAAAUGUAUGGUGUAGAUAUGCAUACAGUUUUGGGUAAGGACAGUAUGGAAUACAGAUUAGGAUUGACACCAACGGGAAUACUGGUAUUUGAAGAGCCAAAUCAAAAAAUAGGCCUGUUCUUUUGGCCUAAAAUUGGAAAACUAAAUUUUAAGAAGAAAAAGUUAACGCUGGUAGUAGUGGAAGACGAUGAUCAAGGCAGGGAACAAGAACACACGUUUGUAUUCAGGUAA